AUGGGAUCGUCUGCAGAGCGAAGCCGUCCGUCCUCGGUGUCACUUGAUAGUGGAGGAGACGAACUCACUGCGGUGAAUGUAAAGCAAGGCUUCAGUAACCAGCCUGCCUUCUCUGGAGAUGAGCAUGGUUCUGCUAGAAACGUUGUCAUCAACGCCUCUAAGAUUGGCGCUUACUUCAGCAGCAUAUUAGCAGAAAAGCUAAAACUUAAUACGUUCCAGGACACAGGGAAGAAGAAACCACAAGUAAAUGCCAAAGACAACUACUGGCUGGUUACUGCUCGCUCUCAGAGUGCAAUUCACAACUGGUUCACAGAUUUAGCAGGAAGUAAACCACUGACUAUUUUAGCAAAAAAGGUUCCAAUUCUCAGUAAAAAAGAAGAUGUUUUUGCUUACUUAGCAAAAUAUUCUGUACCACUGCUGCGAGCAGCAUGGCUGGUCAAAAUGACAUGUGCCUACUAUGCUGCCAUUUCUGAAGCUAAAAUCAAGAAACGCCAGGCCACUGAUCCAAAUACUGAAUGGACUCAAGUUAUAACCAGAUACCUUCGAGAGCAGCUGGCAAAGGUUGCAGAGUUUUAUCAUGUGACUUCCAGCCAAGGCAACAGCUCUGUAGUGAUGCCUCAAGAGAUGGAACAGGCCUUGAAGCAGUGGGAAUAUAAUGAAAAACUGUCCUUUUAUAUGUUUCAGGAAGGAAUGCUUGAGAGACACGAGUACUUGACGUGGAUACUGGAUGUUUUGGAAAAAAUCAGACCUGCUGAUGACGACAUUCUUAAGCUGGUGCUGCCGCUCGUGUUGCAGUAUUCAGAAGAGUUUGUUCAGUCAGCCUACCUGUCCCGCCGCCUUGCUUAUUUCUGCGCCAGACGCCUGUCGUUGCUGCUGAGCGACGGCGCCAGCCUUGCAGCUGCACAUUCUCCCCACAUGAUUAUUGCACCAAGUAACCCUGCUCUGGCAGCGCCGAGUCCGACUGCGCCCGGCCCUGUGCUGAGCCCCGUGCAGCUCUCCUGCUCAGAUUUCCUCUCCUGCCCACAGCACCGUCCGCUGGUGUACGGGCUGAGUUGCAUGCUGCAGACUAUAACUCUUUGUUGCCCAAGUGCCUUGGUGUGGAAUUAUUCCACGAAUGAAAAUAAGAAUGUUAAUCCUGGCUCACCCCUGGAUUUACUUCAAGUUGCUCCAUCUAGUUUACCUAUGCCAGGUGGAAAUUCAACAUUUAAUCAGCAGGUUCGGGCAAAGAUCUAUGAAGUAGAACAGCAGAUAAAACAAAGAGGUCGUGCUGUGGAGGUGCGGUGGUCUUUUGACAAGUGCCAAGAAUCAGCUGCAGGGGUGACCAUCAGCCGAGUUCUGCACACCUUAGAAGUGUUGGAUCGACAUUGUUUUGACAGAUCAGAUUCCAGCAAUUCAAUGGAGACGCUUUAUCAUAAGAUUUUCUGGGCAAACCAGAAUAAAGAUAACCAAGAGGCAGCCCCCAGCGAUGAGGCCGUGGUGAUGCUGCUGUGUGAGUGGGCUGUGAGCUGCAAGCGGUCUGGGAAGCACCGCGCCAUGGUGGUGGCCAAACUGCUGGAGAAAAGGCAAGCAGAAAUUGAAGCAGAAAUGACCACGCUCCAUCCUGCAGGAGCCAACACCUCCCCUGCCACAUCCCCAUGGCACUCAGCUCCAUGCUGUGUGCAGAGUAAUGACCGUGCUGCUGCCGCCCCGGAGGGGCUUUGGGAGGAGAGAUGUGGUGAAUCUGAAGUCCUCGAUGAAAAGGAAUCUCUGUCUUCAGCCUCCUUGACAAGUUCCAGUCUUCCUGUUUUCCAGAAUGUCCUGCUGAGGUUUUUGGACACACAGGCUCCCUCGCUGUCUGACCCAAAUAGCGACCAUGAGAAGACAGAGUUUGUGAAUUUGGUGCUGCUGUUCUCUGAAUUCACUCGACAUGAUGUUUUCUCUCAUGAUGCAUACAUGUGCACUUUAAUAUCACGUGGAGACUUGUCAAUUACUGCAACUACGAGACCACGUUCACCGAAUGGGGAAACUGUGGAUGAGCACUAUUCUAAGGAGAAUGACGUUAAAAUAGAGGAUCAUAGUAUUAUGGAGCACAUGGGCACUGACUCAGGACCCACUAGUAUCUUUGAUGAUGUAGACAAGGGUGACUUUAAGACAGAUUUUGGUUCGGAAUUUCCAAUUUUUUCUCCGAUGCCCGGGGAGUCCUGUGAGAGCAUGAACUCUUCUUUAGACAGAAGAAUUUCAGUUGCCAGUGAGAAGUCAGUCAAGAGGGAAAGACUCAGAGAAGCGAUUUUUCCUUCCAACUAUGACCUCCUUCGUCACCUGCAAUACGCGACGCAUUUCCCAAUACCUCUGGAUGAAUCUUCAAGUCAUGAGUGUAACCAGCGCAUGAUUCUCCUCUAUGGCGUUGGGAAGGAGCGUGAUGAGGCACGACAUCAGUUGAGGAAGAUUACCAAAGACAUCCUGAAGAUUCUGAAUAAGAAGAGUACUACUGAAACGGGUGUUGGGGAUGAAGGGCAAAAAGCCAGGAAGAACAAACAAGAAGCAUUUCCAACUCUUGAGACUGUGUUCACAAAACUACAGCAGCUGUCAUAUUUUGACCAACAUCAGGUGACGUCUCAGAUCUCCAGCAAUGUUCUCGAACAGAUAACUAGCUUUGCCUCAGGAACAUCCUAUCACCUCCCCUUGGCUCACCACAUACAGCUGAUCUUUGAUCUCAUGGAACCAGCACUGAAUAUCAACGGACUGAUAGACUUUGCAAUACAGCUGCUGAACGAGCUGAGCGUGGUGGAGGCAGAGCUGCUGCUGAAGUCGUCCAGCCUGGCAGGGAGCUACACCACGGGGCUGUGUGUGUGCAUCGUUGCUGUCCUGCGGCGCUACCACGCCUGCCUCAUUCUCAACUCGGAGCAAACUGCACAAGUCUUUGAAGGGUUGUGUGGAGUGGUGAAGCAUGUUGUUAAUCCCUCGGAGUGUUCCUCCCCAGAAAGAUGUAUUUUGGCCUACCUCUAUGACCUGUAUGUGUCCUGCAGCCACCUGCGAAGCAAGUUUGGAGACCUCUUCAGUAGUGCCUGUUCUAAGGUGAAGCAAACAAUAUACAGCAAUGUUCAGCCUUCAAAUUCCAAUCUGCUGUGGGAUCCGGAGUUCAUGCUAGAUUUUAUUGAGAACCCUUCUGCUCACAGCAUUAACUACUCAAUGCUGGGCAAGAUCCUGAGUGACAACGCAGCCAACCGCUACAGCUUCGUCUGCAACGCUCUAAUGAAUGUGUGUAUGGGGCACCAAGAUGCAGGAAGGAUUAAUGACAUAGCAAACCUUUGUGCAGAGCUGACGGCGUGCUGCACCGUGCUGAGCUCAGAGUGGCUGGGGGUUGUCAAAGCUCUUUGCUGCUCUUCCAAUCACGUGUGGGGUUUCAAUGAUCUGCUCUGCAGUGUGGAUGUGAGUGAUCUGUCAUUCCACGAUUCCCUGGCCACUUUCAUUGCCAUACUGAUUGCCCGGCAGUGCUUUUCUCUGGAAGAUGUCGUUCAGCACGUAGCACUGCCUUCUCUUCUUGCAGCUGCCUGUGGGGACCCAGAUGCUGAGCCUGGGGCCAGGAUGACUUGUCGGCUUCUCCUGCACCUCUUCAGGACACCGCAGGUCUGCCUCUUUCCCCAGGGAGCAGGAAAGCUACCUCCUGGAAUUCGUUCUUCUUGUGAUCGUCACCUCUUGGCUGCUGCUCACAACAGUAUAGAAGUGGGAGCUGUGUUUGCAGUCUUAAAAGCUAUUCUGAUGCUUGGUGAUGCUGAGAUCGGCAGCAGCAGUGUGACCCCUGUGAAGAACGAGGAGCUGCCCGUGAGAGGCUUGCUGGAUGAGAUCCCUGAGGAUGAAAUGUGGGCUUCCUCUCACGCUCUGAAAUCACGUGGAAAAGCUGUUUCCAUAGAAACUGCCAGUUUAAGCGAGUAUGCUAGAUAUGUGCUAAGAAGCAUUUGCCAGCAGGAAUGGGUUGGAGAGCACUGCUUAAAGGAACCUGAGAGACUGUGCACAGAUAAAGAUCUAAUUUUGGAUCCUGUUCUUUCAAACAAGCAAGCGCAGAAACUUCUUCAGCUUAUCUGUUAUCCUCAUGGUGUGAAAGAAUGCUCCGAGGGGGACAACCCUCAGAGGCAGCACAUCAAACGCAUUCUUCAGAACUUAGACCAGUGGACUCUCCGGCAGUCUUGGUUGGAGCUGCAGCUAAUGAUCAAGCAGUGCACAAAGGAGCCUGGUUCUGGGUCUGUGGCUGAAAUGAACAGCUUGUUGGAUAAUAUUGCAAAGGCGACAAUAGAGGUGUUUCAGCAAUCCGCUGAUCUAAACAAUAACUCUUCUAACUCUGGUAUAGGCCUCUUCAAUCCAAACUCUGUUGGAAAUGCUGACACAAGUAAUACAAGACAGAAUGGUAAAAAGACAUUCCUAAGUUCCUCUGAGUGGCGAGGAGUGUGGCUCGUGGCUCCCUUGAUUGCAAAACUACCUACCUCAGUUCAAGGUAGGGUCUUGAAAGCUGCGGGAGAGGAGCUGGAGAAAGGUCAGCAUUUGGGGUCAUCUUCUAAGAAGGAAAGAGAUAGACAGAAGCAAAAGAGCAUGUCUCUCUUGAGUCAGCAACCUUUCCUUUCUUUGGUACUUACUUGCCUUAAGGGACAGGAUGAGCAGCGGGAAGGGCUCCUAACAUCACUGCAGAAUCAAGUCAAUCAGAUCCUUAGUAACUGGAGGGAAGAACGGUACCAGGGCGAUGUUAAAGCUAGACAAAUGAUGCAUGAAGCCUUACAGCUUCGUCUAAAUUUGGUAGGUGGCAUGUUUGAUACUGUGCAGAGGAGUACCCAGUGGACCACGGACUGGGCACUUCUGCUCCUCCAGAUCAUCACUUCGGGAACAGUUGAUAUGCAGACCAACAACGAAUUGUUCACAACCGUGCUGGAUAUGCUGGGCGUCCUCAUCAACGGGACGCUCGCCUCCGACUUGUCCAGUGCUUCCCAAGGAGGACCCGAGGAAAACAAAAGGGCUUACAUGAAUUUGGUGAAAAAGUUAAAAAAGGAGCUGGGAGACAAGCGGUCGGACAGCAUUGACAAGGUUCGCCAGCUGCUCCCUUUGCCAAAGCAGACAUGUGAUAUUAUUACUUGUGAGCCAAUGGGAUCCUUGAUCGACACCAAGGGCAACAAAAUUGCAGGGUUUGACUCCAUUGAUAAGAAACAGGGUCUUCAGGUCUCAACAAAACAAAAGGUGUCCCCUUGGGACUUAUUCGAAGGUCAUAAAAAUCCCGCUCCUCUCUCCUGGGCAUGGUUUGGUACAGUUCGUGUGGACAGGAAGGUGAUCAAAUACGAGGAGCAGCAGCAUCUGCUCCUGUAUCACGCGCACCCCAAACCCAAGCCGCGGAGCUACUACCUCGAGCCCUUGCCUCUGCCUCCAGAGGAGGAGGAGGAAGAGCCCACCACCCCUGUGUCUCAGGAACCAGAAAGGAAGUCAGGAGAGCUCUCUGAUCAGGGAAAACUCGCCACGGAUGACGAGAAGAAGACAAAGGGCAGGAAGAGGAAGUCAAAGUCAAGCUCUAAGGCCGAUGAAUAUCCACCGAACAGCUUAUACAGAGUGCCUCCCAAUUACUCGCCCAUUCCCUCUCAAAUGAUGCAGCAUCCUCACUCUGCCUUGUGGGGCUACACCAUCAUGGGGCAGCCGCAGCAGCCUGGCUUCUUCGCGCAGAACCAGCCCCUCCCUCCAGGUGGCUCCAGGCUGGAUCCGACGAGCUCCUUCGUCCCAGCCAACACCAAGCAGGCCCUGUCCAACAUGCUGCAGCGGCGCUCCGUGCUGCAGCCCCCCUCCCUCCACGCCGUCACACCUCAGCAGCAGUUGCUCCAGAUGAAACUCCUGCAGCAAGAGCAGCAGCAGCGGCUCCUCAGGCACCAAGCACAGGCACGGUCUCUCCAGCAGGAUGUCAGUAGCUCUGCCGUAUCCCUUCAGGAUGGCUUUGACAACAUAAUGGGUCAGCCGAUGGACCCCGCUGCUCUUUUCACCCCGCAAGUCCGACCCACGCCACAGCUGCCGCAGUACCCAGGGCUUCAGCAAGCACAGGGCAUGCCCCACGGGUACACGAUGUACAGCACCCCGAUGCCUUUGCAGCAGCAGCAGCCCGGCAGCGUGGUGCUCUCUCCUGGCUACACCCCACGGGCAUACACAGCCCACUCCAGCCCCGUGCUGAUGGAGCGGCUGCGGCCGGGGCAGCCGGGUGGCGUGGCUCAGCAGCAGGCAGCUGCCUACAUGCAGCCCCUGACGGGCGCUCAGCGGUUGACCCAUCAACCUUUGCAGCCAAACUCAUUGAUAGGAGCGGGCCUGGACAGCACUUCAACCACACGUACCCAUCCGAGCCUGAGCUCAGCACAGCUGCCCCAGGAGCAAAUGCGACAGAGGCAGCAGCAGAUCCGACAGCAGAGACUCUUCCAGGUGCAGCAGGGGCAGCAGCAGCAGACUCUUGAUCUCCAGCCCGUGCAGCCGCAGCAGCCCCUGCAGUUCCCGAGGCAGGGCCUGCAGCAGACGCAGCAGCAGCAGCAGACGGCGGCGCUGGUCCGGCAGCUGCAGAAGCAGCUCUCCAGUAACCAACCGCAGGGAGUGAACCAGUAUGGGCAUCCUUCACACUUCUGAAUCCAAAGGCAGGAAGGAGGCGGACCGUUCCGUUUGCACUGAAGAACAGAACAUUCGAAAUCCAAUGCACUACUUAUUGCUAGAAAGGAAACCUUCAUUUCCUUCUCUUAUUAUUUUGGUCAUUAUUUUUCGUGCUGCAGUUGAUGUGAGUAUGUAACGAGGUGGUUCUCGGGGGCUUUGAGUUUCUUUGCUUUUAAUGAGAUUUAAAUGUAAGGACUUGUGGACCUAUCUGAAGAAUGUUAUUGCAGAUUUUAUGAAUUUGGUGCUUUUUUAGGUCCCGUUCCUUUUAAAGAGGACAAAGAAUGUUGGGUUUGUUUGUUUAUUCGUGGGAAACAUUCUUUUGUUAUUUUUGGUUUUUAAGAACUGCACUGGACCAAACUGCUGAAUUGAAAGGCACUCCUGACCUUGGCAUAACAGUUGAUUUGUUCAUUAAGAUGUUCACCUCUUUGUUUGAUGGUAGAACAAGCGUUGAUUUGAAUUGUGUUUCUUUGACUGUAAUUUUCAUAUGCACUUUAUAAAGUUCUUUGUUUAAAGUACCAAUUCUCUCUUGCUCUCAUUGUGGUAAGAAGGUGCUGAAGUGGGUUUAUUGCUUGUAUUAGAACUUCUUAAAUUUAUAUUAAAAGCCACAAUGUAAUGUUAAUAAAGAGACUGAAAGUAGCAGCA